AUGGUUCAGCUUGUCCAUGCCGCUGGUGGCCGGACCGCCGAGCAGAAUCCGCGCGAACCGUUUGGCCGCACAUUGUGCCGCGUCGCCAUCACGUGGUGCGAUCAGAAGCUCGUCGCCUUCAACGGCGCCCUGCACCGCAACACCACCCGCUACCGCGGCCACCUCACCAGCGCCAGCCACCCGUUUGCGCCCAAAUACGACCACGACACCACGACGGGCCAAGCCACAGUUGCUGAGGAGCGGGCGGUGCUGGAGCGUGUCACCCGCGUUGGCGUGUACAGCAUGCUCGAUCCAUCCCUGCUGCCAAAGGACCCGCCACUGCGCAUCCAGCGCGUGUUCCACGGCGUUGGGUCAUUUGACGCCGUCCUUGGCAUCCUGGGUGGCGACUUUGCACAACUGCAGAAGACGGACAAAGGGUGGUACGGUGCUGGCUUCUACUUUACACCAGAUCUCGACUACGCGUGUGCGUACGCUCAACCGUGCACGGUGAGCGCAGACCACGACAACGUCCCGCCUGACCUGCACUGCCUCAACCUUGAGCCCGGCAAAUCGUACCGCAUUGUGCUGGCGUGCGAUGUCAUGUACGGCAACCCGUAUCCUGUGAAACAAACCAGUGUGCAUCCAAUGCUGCAGGCGAUCCCCGUGCAACAGUUGCCGACGCCGCGAUGGCGGUCAUUUAUUGGCCUCCCGCUUGUUGCUGGGCACGACGCGCACGUGGCAGUGGUUGACUUCACCAGCGGCAAAGUCAAAGCUGCAUUACCGUUUGAGACGCAUUCGCAGUGGACCCAGGGCGAUAAUGUUCCAGCUGCGGAGAUUGUGGUGACAGACCCUUCGUGCGUUCUUAGCACCCAGACGGUACAACGAGCGCGCGCUCAAGCCCAGCGCAACCACCAACAGGGCAAGCGCACCCGCAAGCGCAAGCAUCCGCAGACCACACCCCCCGGCCACAGCGGCCAGCGCAGCAAUGACAGCAACAACGGCACUGCUGCCACCGCCGCUGCCACCGCCACCACCGACAACGAUGAGGGACAGCCACGCAGCGCCCCAGUGACCUCACGAAGCCCCGGUGGCCCGGCCGCAACAGAGCCCCCUGCAACUGUCUAAGCGACAGUCGCAGCACUACACAUGAGCCUCGCACCGAGGCACUUGGUUUCUAUCUAUCUAUUGAUUCACUUUUCUUUCUGUCUAUGAGGCGCGUGCUCUCACACACAUUCGCCCAUACGCACCGCUGCCCUUUGUUUUGCCGCAAUUGCCUUCCCC